UAUCAAUGUAGAGAAGUGAACAAUCACACAAAACUCUGCAGCCUGACAGAAUUUAAUAUUAUUCAAGAGUAGUGUAGGGAAUACGGCAAACAACUGCGAAAUGAGAGUUAAAGCUGAUGUAGCUUUAAUGUAGGAAACAAAUCACUUCUGAGAUGAUGUUAUUUCUAAAGAAAAGCAAUACUAACCUGGUUGAACAAAAACUACCGCACAGACCUCUCCCUUCCCAUUCGUCCUCACCAACUUCUCCAUUCCCCAGGUGUGCUCAGUGGCUCUGGUACUAUCCACCCAGGUGGUGCUGAAGCAGGUGCUUCCUCCCGUUUUGCGAAGCCAUUUCCAGUACAGCCCUAAUACCCUUGGUCUCCUCUUGCUUCCCAAAUCAUGAGCUGUCAACCGACUUCUCCCAUGGAGACGCUCCAAUCUCGCUCAAUAGGAAAUCUAAAUUCUGCCUUGUCGCAAGGGGUGCCCUGCCAAUAAUCUUGUGACCAAUUCCCCCUCUUGGCCAUUGUCACAAGGGUUAUUAGCUCAUUUUUCAAGAUUUAUGUAAAUAUACGCGACUCAUUACACCGUGUCAUCCUUGAGAAAAAGAUAUACAUAAUAGAAAUACACAUCUACAAGAAGGUGGAGUUCCCUGAAUAUGUAUUGGUUGUUUUUUUUUUUUUUUUUUUUCUUGCGCACAUUUCUAAUCCAGUUUAGUUUGCAGGUCACAUUAGAUGGAAUUGCGCCUUCCCUCGGCCAUUUCCCCCAAGCUUUGGAAGGACUCAUAUUUCCUGACAUCUAAAUCACUGGCUAGCGGUUUCCUGCCCCGCUUCCCGUCUCCUUUUCGCCUCUCAGCCUCCUCCUGCCUGGCUGGGGCCCCGAUUCGCCAGCAAUGGUGUCCACAGCUCUCAGUCGACCGAAGUGGUAUCCAGAUUACGGUCCUUGGUGUAGUGUCGCUCAACCCCAGCGCCCCAGUACCUCCUCCUCCCCAAUCCUCUUCUCCGCCCGCUCCGCGUGGCUCUAGGAGGAGCCUAAAUGUCCUCUUCCCCAGCUGAAGGGGAUUGUGGUGCGUAAACAGGAUUAACUCUCUCGCCCCCAGCUGCGCGGAUCUGUCCCGGGCCUGCCGGCUGGAGCGAACCCAUCAGUGCGCGGAGGGCGCAGCACCGGAGCGGGGGAUGGGGCAGCUCGGGGCCUCGGAGCUAUCUCCCGGGCGCUCUUCCUCGCCGAGUGGGGCGGGAGGCCACGGCCUCAGGAGCUGCUUCUCAAAACCCAGGGCGAACGGCCGCGACGGCGCGGGCUCUUAGCUGCAGCCUCCCCUCCGCCACCACCCUCUCCCGCCCCGUGCUUCCUCUCCGCCCCCCACGCUCCAGCCGCUCGGUCGCAGCCCGCGCAGUCCUCCGCCCCCCGGAGCCUCCGCGCCGGUCCCGCACCCAGCCAUGGGGGACCUGCCGGGUCUCGUGCGCCUCUCCAUCGCGCUGCGCAUCCAGCCCAACGACGGCCCGGUCUUCUUCAAGGUGGACGGGCAGCGCUUCGGCCAGAACCGCACCAUCAAGCUGCUCACCGGCUCCUCCUACAAGGUGGAGGUGAAGAUUAAGCCCACCACGCUGCAGGUCGAGAACAUUUCCAUUGGUGGUGUGCUUGUCCCAUUGGAGCUGAAGUCUAAAGAGCCUGAUGGUGACCGAAUUGUUUACACAGGCACAUAUGACACGGAAGGUGUGGCCCCAACCAAGAGUGGAGAACGGCAACCCAUCCAGAUCACAAUGCCGUUCACUGACAUUGGGACCUUCGAGACAGUGUGGCAAGUCAAGUUCUACAAUUACCACAAGCGAGAUCACUGCCAAUGGGGAAGCCCCUUCUCUGUCAUUGAAUACGAAUGCAAGCCCAAUGAGACACGUAGCCUCAUGUGGGUGAACAAGGAGUCCUUCCUCUGAAGAUGGCUCUUUCUGAUGUUGCUGGACAAUCUCUUCAAAACCCUACGUUUAGAUAACCCAGCACAAGCCUUCACCAAGGCACACCACAGCGUUGCUGUUACCCAUCGGGUGCUGAUGACCUACUAGCCCCGACUAUUUUGAAAGUGUAAUUCCCUUCUGAUGCAAUGCUCCUGACGUAAAAGAUUGUGAGUGAUGUACCAUCCCCAAGAAGAUCCCUUUCUGUAUUCUGUGUUGGUGUUCCUGCAUCCAGUUGUUCCCGGUCAUGCCGUUGACCGCUUGUGAGGAGCUCAGUGGAAUUGCAGGCAUAUCCCCUUCUUAAUGAUUCCAUUGAAUGUGGUGUUUUGUUUCCAAGUUGAGUGAUUUCCCCUUUUUUUGUAAAAUGCUAAAUAAAAAAAUAACAGUGUGUUGUGGGUUCUCUCCCAAGUGUAAUAUGGUAACAUGUAACUUGCAAUGUUAUGUGGCUCUCUAAGCAGGCUUGGUGAAAAUGUAAUACAAACAGCAGUGAGUUGGACUCAGAUGCUGUGCUUCCUAUAAACAGCUCAGCUUUUUCAGGGAACAAUAAUGACAAAUAAAAGGACAAAUAUUUAAGAAGUAUUUAUAACACAUUAAAACUCUUUCAAGUAACUUAAGGUAUUAUGUUAUGGCCUAACAGAAAUGGGAAAAGGCAUCGUUGGGGUCCACUGUUAAGGUGACAGAAGUUGUAGGGUUACCCUUUUGGCAAGCUACCCUAGUACUCAAACAUGCAUAUGAUGGCAUCCCUACGUUCCCCUUCACUUGAACUUUGUAAAACUGUGUAUGCAACUGUAAUGAACUUUUGAUAUUUCUUAAUAAAGGUAUUAAAAAUCAUGCCUUGACU